AUGACGGAAGCAGUAAAAAAGGUUCCUAUCCCCGCCAAGGGUGUCGACUAUCGCGGCAAAGUCGUCCUGGCGCCCAUGGUCCGCUCGGGAGAGCUGCCCUCAAGACUCGUGGCGCUCAAAUACGGCGCAGAUCUAGUCUGGGGCCCCGAGACUAUUGACCGCGCCAUCAUUGGCACCUCGCGCAGAGUCAACGAGCAGACCGGAUGCAUCGAGUGGUGUCGCGUGCAGUCGCACGGCCUCAAAGAACCCCCGCCCGAUGCGAAAAUGAGCGUCAUCUACGCCGUGGAUCCCGUCAAGGAGGCCAAGAAGCUCGUCUUCCAGAUGGGCACGGCCGACCCGGACCGCGCCGUGCAGGCCGCUCGCCUCAUCGCCGCCGAUGUGGCCGGUAUCGACGUCAACGCCGGUUGUCCCAAGCCCUUUAGCACCAGCGGCGGCAUGGGCGCGGCGCUCCUGCGCACCCCGGACAAGCUCGUGGCGAUUCUCGAGGCGCUCGUGCAAAACAUUACACCAGAGUUCGAAAUUGGCAUCAGCGUCAAGAUCCGCAUCCUCGAGACGGCGGCCGAGACGGAGACACUCGUCCGCCGGCUCGUCGCCACAGGCAUCACUGGCCUGACGGUGCACUGCCGCACGACGCCGAUGCGCCCACGCGAACGCGCCAUCCGCGACCAGAUGCGCAUGGUGGCCGACGUCUGCCACGAGGCCGGCAUCGCGUGCCUCAUGAACGGCGACGUCGAGUCCAAGGAUGAGGGCCUGCGCCUGGCGGCCGAGUACGGGGCCGACGGCGCCAUGAUUGCCACCGCGGCCGAGACGAACCCCAGCUGCUUCCGCGCCGCGGCCGACGGCGGCCUGCUGCCCUGGCGCGAGGUGGUGGACGAGUACGUCGCGACGGCCAUUGCCGUCGACAACAAGUUUGGCAACACAAAGUACCUGCUCGCGCAGAUGGUGCCUGGCAAGGAGGACGCCCACAAGGCCGUCACCCAGGCGCGCUCCUACGUCGACGUUUGCGAGAGCCUCGGCCUCGCGCACCUCUUGAGCCGCGCCCGCGUGAUUGAUGAGCUGCGCGGCCUCGGCCAGCCCACGGCGAAGCAGAAGCAGCAGGCGGCACGCAAGGCCGCGCAGUCGUCCAAUGCGAGCGCGCUGGCCGCCGGCGGACAGAUGGGCCACGCGCGCGCCGUGUCCAGGAACAAGAAGUCGCUGUCUGAUCGCCAGCAGCCGCCGUCGGCUUCGAGUUCGGACAAGACGCCCGUGGUCUCUGCUGCAUAG